AUCUUCUUCAAAUCCCCAAUGGAGUCAGAAGGCAAGCAUUUCACUUUGAUCUUCUUCCCCAAUCUAUCGUUAGCCAACACCUCUAUCAUGCUUUGAUGAAUUUACUUAGUUAUCAACUUUGGCUGCCAUUUUCAAAACAGCAAAUCAAAAAAAUUUGUUGAUAUUUUUUCUGAGAGAGAUAAUUUUUUUGAUAAUCAAAAAAUUUGGAGUAAUUUAUCAAUUAUAAUUGAAACUUCAUUUUAAAACCAUAUUCAAUUGAUCAUUGACUUUGUUCAACACCAGGGAUAAUGACGGGUCAGAAUUCAAAUACCUCGUCUGGAUCGAGUAAUGGCAAAGACCAGGGUCAAUCAUCAUCCCAUACAUCCACUAAUUCAACACAUCGUCAUAAUCUUUCAGCUACACAAAGGCGGCCCUCAUUAUUAAGAAACACUUCAGCCAAUUCUAAUCCAUCAGUGGCAGCUGCUUUGGCAGCAGUAUCGAAUACUAAUGCAGCUCCCCUUCAUUCCAGUCACCUUAAACGAUCCACCAAUAGUACUUCAUCUACAUCUUCUAAUUCAUCUACUAAUAGCAAUAAUAAUGGCAACAACAACAGUACCACGUCUCCAUCAUCAACCAUCAAUAACUCAUCGUCUAAUCAAUCAUCCAUUGCAAUCGCAACAUCAAAUAGAAAUCGUCCUCGUUCCUUAUCUCAGACAUUGUCUCAGAAUAUAAAUAUACUGCCACAUAAUAAUAAUCCUCAAUAUCUUGCUCAAGAACGAGCAUAUCUUAAAAAGAUUCGUAAUCAGUUAGUGGAUGAUUAUUAUACCAAGGGUAUUUCAGGAGCAGAUGAUGAAAGUAAGGAUGGAGAUGUUAAUGAAGAUGAUGAGGAUGAUGAUGAUGAUAGUAAUGAUUCUAGUGGAAAUGCUAACUUUUUGGAAGAUUUAGAUGAUGAUAAAUAUCAAAUUGAUUUUAGUUUAGCUUAUUCCAUGAUGAAGAAUGGUAAUGCAAAUGUGAAUAUGAAUCCUAAUAAGAAUAUAACCCAAUUAAAUAAAGAUGACACUGAUGAUCCAGCUGUCAUAGAAAGAUUGGAAUGGCAAUCAAUGUUAACAUCAGUAUUAACUGGUGAUGUUGUCACUUCUGAAAAAACUAAAAUCAUUAAUAAUAAUAAUCCAGAUAAUCCUCAAGAGUCAUUUUUACAUGCUACAUAUAAGGAAAGUUUAUGGUUUGGUAUUAGAGCUAAAUUAUUCAAUAGAACUGAAGAUGAUCAAAGAAAAAUCAUAUCGUACAGAAGAACAUUGACGGAUCAAUUAAUUGAAGAUAUUUUAAAAUUUGAAAUUAAUUAUGAAGAUGCCGCCAAUAAUCCUACUAGAAAUCAAGUUAUGGAUAUAUUGGAUCGUUAUGAAUUGGCAUGCUCUAAUUGGAGAACAUUAGAAGAUAUGAAAACAGAUAAACCACUUUGUCGAAGUGAAGAAUUUGAAAAUAGGAUCGAUGCUUUAAAUGCCUGGUUUACAAUCACAGAAGCAAUUGCUAGAGAAACUCGAUCUUUAAGAUCUUGGAUCGGUAAUGAUGAAUUGGAUAUAACUAAAAGUCCAGUAGAAACUCCUUCACUGACUUCCUCUUCGUUGACAAGUAGUAAAGUGAUUCGAAAAAUAUUCGAUGAAGAUAAUAAAUCAUUAGCUGAAAGACUUAUGAAAGAAAAGGAUGUUCAUACUAUCUUUCUGAAACGUAUCUUUAUACCGAUGUCUCCCUGGAUAAUGAAAUCAAAAGAGACAUAUAUACGAUUGGGUCAUAUGUUUGAACAAAUGAAGUUACCUGAUUAUAUUCAUGAUUUAAUUCAAAUUUGUAUUAUUCCAAUGAAAUUAAUUAAAGAAAUUAUCAAGGUUAGACUUGGUUAUGCUAUGAAAUUACAAAAUCCAACCUUAAUGAUGAUUGAUCAAAUGAUUGAAGAUUUUAAAACAUAUAUCACUAUCGCCUUGGAAGUUAAAAUGGGUCUUCAACAAUAUUGUAAGCCUGUUGCUGGUGAUACUUGGGUGAUUGGUGAUUUAUUUGAAGGAGAAAAUCUGGAUUUCGAUCAAGUUGUUUUAAGUUGUGCUAAAUAUUAUUUGGUUUUAUUAAAUAGAAAAUUAUUGGAUAGUUCGAGAUCUACUACCAAUUUCAGAACUUUUAAAGAACCAGAAGAAUUAGAAGAGGCAUGGUCGUUCUUAAGAUGGUUAGGAAACUUUAUUGAUGGUGGUAGUGUUUUAGUUUCAGAACAAAUAACAUUAUUGGCGCUGAAAUUAAUUCACAGACUAUUAGCUUAUUUUAAUAGUCAAUUAAGAUCACCACCUUCGGCUAUCACUUCAGAUCUAGUAAGAUGGUAUAGUUCUACCACUGAAAACUUUGGUCAAUUACGUCGUAAGCUUGCGAGAUUCACUGGAGAAAUGUCUCGUGAAUUCACAAAUUCAUUAGUAUUUGAUCUCCCUUCAACUCCAACUAAUCUAACUAAGAAUUUGUUAGAAAUCUUGAAAUCUAGGAAUCAUUUCUUGGUUUAUACAAAUACUGUGGAAGCUCAAGGUAUUUACUUUUUUGCCAGUCCUGAACUUGCUGGUAAUGAACAAGAAAUUCUUAAAAUCAUUAACGGUUCUUAUGUUGGUUUAGAUUCUAAUAAUUCAAAUCUUGAAUUUACAGAUUUAUUAGAUUUAAUGCAAUCUAGUGAAAGUGAUGAAGAUUAUAUACCGCAUGCAUUACCAUCCCAUUCAAGUGAUUUUGCUUACGUGUUAGCUUUAUGUCCUCCUAAACCAAUAGUUUGGGAAGGUAAUAUUGUUACAGUUAAUAUCAAUCAAGUACCAAUUAGUGACGUUAAGGCCGGCCAAAUGAUCCUAAUUACAAAAUUACCUUACUACAGUUUACAUAUCGUUAGAGAAAAGUUCCUUGACAUUGUUAGUGACAUUAUGCCUGCUGCACCAAUUGAUCAAAGAUGUUCUUUAACCAAUGUCCAUCAAGAGUUAAUUAAAAUCAAUAGGGCGUUUUUUAAAAUGUGUAUAUCGGUGCUUGAUUCAGUGAAAAUAGUAAGGGAUAAAUGUAAAGAGCUCUCUCCUGAUGGUGAAUAUCAAGCAUUAAUCAAUAAUUAUUUCAUUUAUGCCAGGGAUUACGGAAAAAACUCGAUUAGGAACUUGGAUAGUUCUAGAAAAUCUGCUGUUAUAAUGAAAUUGAUUCAAUUAUCGAUUGAUUGGGUUAGUUUUAUUUGUGAUGAUUGUAUGCCUACUGAUAGAAAAACAUUCAGAUGGUGUGUGUUGGCAUUGGAAUUUGCUAUGGAUAUGACUAGAGGGUUCAAUGUGUUGGUGUUAAAUGAUGAACAAUUUUAUAAAUUGAAAUUAAAAGUUGCACGUUGUAUGUCAUUACUUAUUUCUCAUUUCGAUAUUAUGGGUGCUAGAUCAAGUGAAGCUGAAAGAAAUACAUUGCUUAAGUGGUCUUCAACUAGACAUAGAAUUGAGAAUUCGUCAGAUGACAAUUAUAUUAUCAAGGCUUAUAGAGAUGACUUGAUGAAUCAAAUUGAAGAGAUUGAAGAUUAUAGAACUGAUCUUCAAGAAGAUUUACAUUCGGUGGGUAGAGUUUUGGAUAUCACUGAUCUGGAAUAUCAAUUCGUUACAUUGUUGGCAUCAUCAUUUUCUAGUGUUUCUAUUAGAUGGCAAAAGGGUAAGUUUAUCGGUGGUGGUACUUUUGGUCAAGUAUUUGCAUCGGUGAAUUUAGACACUGGUGGAGUGAUGGCAGUUAAAGAAAUCAGAUUCCAUGAUAGUCAAUCUAUAAAAAAUAUUGUUCCAUCCAUUAAAGAAGAAAUGACAGUAUUGGAAAUGCUUAAUCAUCCUAAUGUGGUGCAAUAUUUUGGAGUUGAAGUUCAUAGAGAUAAGGUUUAUAUUUUUAUGGAAUUUUGUGAAGGUGGUUCAUUAUCCGGUUUAUUAACGCAUGGUAGAAUUGAAGAUGAAGUUGUCAUACAAGUCUAUACUUUACAAAUGUUAGAAGGUUUAGCAUACUUGCAUCAAUCAGGAGUUGUUCAUCGUGAUAUUAAGCCUGAAAAUAUUUUAUUAGAUCAUAAUGGGGUUAUAAAGUUUGUUGAUUUUGGUGCUGCCAAAGUCAUCGCUACUAGUGGUAGAACCAGAAAUCCAGGAAGUAUUGGUUCAAGACAAGUCAAUGGGAAUCCAAAUUCCAUGACCGGUACCCCAAUGUACAUGUCACCAGAAGUUAUUACUGGUUCUUCUUCCGAUAGAAGUGGAGUGAUUGAUAUUUGGUCUCUUGGUUGUUGUGUUUUAGAAAUGGCAACAGGUCGUAGACCAUGGGCUAAUCUUGAUAAUGAAUGGGCCAUUAUGUAUCAUAUUGCGGCUGGCCAUAAGCCACAAUUACCAUCUGCUGAUCAAUUAAGUGAAGCAGGAAGAAAGUUCAUUUCCAGGUGUUUGGAACAUGAUCCAAAGAAGAGACCAAGUGCAGUGGAAUUAUUGAAUGAUCCGUGGAUUGUUGCAAUUAGACAAGCUGCGUUUGGAGCUGUCUCUGAAGUCAAUACUACUCCAGUUUCUGAAUCAACUAGUGAAGUAUUUCCUGUUGCAACGUCUGCUGCAACUUGAUUUCUUCGUUUCGUUUUAGUUUUAGUUUGUUUUAUUCUAUUUUUUUUUCUUAUGGUUAUUUCUUUCAUUUUUAUUAAUGGUAUUGCAUUAUCGUUUAUUUUCGGACUUUUUAAUUAACUUUUCUUUGUUUCCAUAGUUUUUAGGUAUAAUAUUUAACGAUGCUACAAAAAUAUAUGUUU